GUGGGACUUCCUGCUGUUCAAAACCAGAGGGGGAGAGGACAGCCAAACACAGACAGCAAGCCGAGCUAUCAAACAGAAAUAUUCAUUUGUUUUGGUUGUUUCAGGGUCACAUACGGACCUUUAGGAAAUUUUCAUACUCGAUGGAGUAUGUGGAGUUUUUCUCAUUGAGGAAAGUGAGGUGAACAGACUGUCGAUUGUUGCUAAAGAAGUGCCAAAGUACUGAAAGCAUGGAGACUGAGUGCCAACACUGGACAGACAGCCAAAGUGACGAGGACAGUGACACAGAGGAGAUCCCGUGUGGAAUACAUGAGAGCUGUGCCACUGACCUGUAUCGCCACCCCCAGCUGGAGAGAGACAUUGAGGCGGUCAGGAAUUUGUAUUCAGACUCUGCAGUCUCUGUCAGGGAGUAUAGAUCAAUAGACGAUGGGGAUGUUGACUUGACCAUUAGUGCCAACUUUUUGGAUGAGGAGGUGGCCAAAGCCUGGAGGAUUAAUCCAUCGGAGCCCAUCGUCAUCCGUCUGCACUUUUCUCACUCUCAGUAUCUGGAUGGACCUGCACCUUCAGUUGAAGUCUUUCAGACAUCCAACAUGGAUCAUUUCAGCCUUCGGAAACAACUGCAGAAUAUUCUCACAGUCUUCAUAUCUCGGGAGUGGAAGCACCUGACAAACGAGAGCGUGGUAGUAGAACAGAAGAGCAGACACAACUGGUUCAAGCCAAGUGGAACCAUCAAGAAAGUUCGUGCGAGAUUCAGCAUCUGGUUACCACUGUCAAAGUCAAAUGAUCUCAAGGAACCAACUAUGCGAGGAAGGAUACUUUUACCAGCAAUGAAACUGAGCCGUUUCACAAAUCAUACAACCUCCUACACCUUCAAGAAUCCCCCAGGAGAGCUCUUCACCUACACACCCAGUGGAAAGGUGCAGACUUCCUCCUCAGCUGAAAAUACUAGGGUGGCGAUGUCAGCAGUCAAAUCAUCAGCGCAGCUCAAUACCAAACAGCUGAUAGAGCUGCUUUUCUCCUCCCAGGCCAUCAGGCACUGUAAGACCACCCCUACUCUGCAGCAUGGCUUCUUAGUACAGAUAAUGAGGUAUGCUGAGCAGAGGAUGCCCACGCUGAAUGAAUACUGUGUGGUCUGUGAUGAGCAACAUGUGUUUCAGAACGGCCCCAUGUUAAAGCCUGCAGUUUGCACAAGGGAGCUAUGUGUGUUUUCCUUUUAUACGCUGGGGGUUAUGUCUGGAGCCACAGAGGAUGUUGCAACUGGUGCAGAGGUGGUUGACCUGUUGGUCGCUAUGUGCAGAGCUGCUCUUCAGUCGUCACGCAAGAGCAUCAUAUUUGACCCGUACCCUUCUGUUGUUGAUCCAUACAACCCCAAAGCCCUGGCCUUUAGUCCUAAGAGAAAGAGCUACGACAGGCUGCAAAAAGCACUGGACAAUGUCUUGUUAAUAAGGAGGAUGGCACAGGGUCCACAUUGUGAAAUCAAGAAGCAGAUGGAUAAAAUAGAUCCUCUGGCCUAUCCCUUACUACAGUGGAUUUUAGCAAGCAACAGAUCACACAUUGUCAAGCUUCCACUGAACAGGCACCUGAAGUUCAUGCACACACCCCAUCAGUUCCUGUUGAUCAGCAGCCCUCCAACUAAAGAGGCUCGUUUCCAAACAGCCAGAAAACUUUAUGGCAGCACCUUUGCUUUCCAUGGGUCUCACAUUGAAAACUGGCACUCUAUUUUAAGAAACGGGCUGGUUAAUGCCUCAUACACAAAAUUACAGCUUCAUGGAGCUGCAUAUGGGAGAGGCAUCUAUUUGAGUCCUAUCUCAAGCAUAUCUUUUGGAUAUUCUGAGAUGGGUAAAGGUCAACACCAAAUAACCACCAAGGAAGACCUCAUAAAGAAAUACAACCGGAUAAAUAAAAUCAAACAGGAACAGCCAGGGCAGGCGAGGUUUCUGCAGAGCAAGAACCUGAACUGCAUUGCGCUCUGCGAGGUCAUAACUUCAAAAGACCUUCAAAAACAUGGGAACAUUUGGGUGUGUCCGACCUCCGACCAUGUGUGCACACGUUUCCUCUUUGUGUAUGAAAAUGGUCAGGUGGGAGAUGUCCACAUCAACACUCAGGAAGCCAGGAUCCACAGGGAAAUUUUACAAGUAAUUGCUUCAAAGCGGUGCUGAGAAAACAAAUACAUAUACAUGCACACAUUUCUUUAUGAUUGGAGUGUAGAGAGUGAGAGUUGUUUUAGUUUGUUUGUGGCUAAACUUAUUAUGUUUGUUUUUAUGGGUUUGACAAGUGAACAACGAGCUGCCUGAUAUUACAUUUACCAGCUUUUGUUUGAAUUAAAAGAACACUAAUUCAAAUGAAGGAAAAUACUUCACAAACUGAAUAAGGCGCCUCGUAAUUCUUUUAUCAUCUGUAAUUGUAUUAGAUGGAAGAAACUGGUUUUUAGAAUCAUGUACCUUAAAGCCUUUUUGCCUUAUAUCUUAAUUUACAGAUUGAUAUAAUUCAAAUCUGUGUACCACAAGUGUCAUACGUCUGUACUGUAAGCACAUAUUUUGUACAAUUUUUAUAACCACAAAUUUUUUAAAUAAAA